CACAAUCACGCGACAGGAUGUUACUCCAAGGCACGAAUGUAUCAAUGGAGAGCAGCGCGCUUUAGUGAAGCGGUCUGUCGGUUAAAUAUUUCUCCGCUGCAGAAGAGCGGGCGCCACGAUGAUUUCUCUCUCCAGAUUUCUCCUCAGGAAUCGGUUUGUUUCAGAGGCUUGCCAGGCACACAGGGUUCUGUCCACGCAGACCGAAGGGGAACUGAGAAUCACGCAGAUCCUCAAAGAGAAAUUUCCCCAAGCGACUUCGCUGAAAGUGCUCGAUAUUUCAGGUGGCUGUGGGGCAAUGUAUGAGAUACAUAUCGAGUCAGAAGAAUUUAAAGGGAAAAGAACAGUUCAGCAACAUCAGUUGGUUAAUCAGGCACUGAGAGAUGAGAUUAAAUCCAUGCACGGGCUGCGCAUUUUUACUGAUGUCCCCGGAAAGUAGAAGAUACGAACGCUCCUGGAAUGUGCUGUUUCCUGCUAUCCCGGUAGAAAAUCAUUAUGAUAAACAUGAUCAAUGGAGCGCACAGCUUAAUGGAACAAGUAAGCAGUAAGUAGAAAUAGCUUAGGCUUCCCGAUACUGUAUUUGAAAGAAUAAUGUGAAGUAUUUAAGUACGGUAUGUUCAUACCUUACACAGUUUCGUAGCCUCCUGUUUUAUGAAACGCUACACGCACAAAUACGAAUGAGAUUUCUUUUUAAACUUCUGACAUCUGAGAGGUGAACUUGACUUCAUGCUCUGAUACGCACAAAGUAAAAAAUCAAGGAGCUUUGAUGCUGGAAUGUGGUUGGAAAGAGACAAUGUCUGAAAAUUAAGUGUGCUUAUGGAUAAUUAAAAUUCCUGAAUAUGUUGUAUGCAGUUGUCAUACUUAAUAUAUUUUAGGAACACAGCCAUCAUUUUGGGAACAUGUUUGUCUUUCUAGUUUUAAGGAGGAUGAACAUAUGAAUUGAAUUUCACCUGGAAGGUGAUGGAUGCUUUCAGGGAAAAAUGCAGUCGGAUACAUACUGGCGGUAUGCGGUGCACCAUGCUACUUGAUAUGUCAAUACGUAGUUUAAUUUGCCUGCAUACUGCAAUGAAUAAAUGAAUAAAAU